AUGUAUCUACAUAGUUCGCACAGAAUGUUCGAAUUGCUAUCCUGUGGUAAAACGAUAUCCAACUCAAGUCUAAAAUAUGCCGUAAAGAGUAUCGGUAUUCUUUUAUUAAAUACAAAUACGAACAUAAUUGGUAAGAGUCUUCGUCUUUACGAAUGUCAAACAUUCACAGAUAUUGAUGAAUGUAUUAUUUAUGUUAAAAGUCAAACAAAACAAUUAUUUUUAAUUAUUUCUAACAUGAGUGAUAAAGUUAUUUUGCAACUUCAAAAACUAUCACAAAUUAAAUUUAUAUAUUUAUAUGAUUGUAAAUUAGAAAAAAACACAAAAAACAUCCGAGGAAACAUUUCUGAUUUAAAUGAAUUAAAAAAGUUAUUGAUCGAAGAUAUUAAACAAUAUUCUCAAGAAUUAUUGUAUAUUACGUCUAUUACGGUCUUCAACGCUACUAAAACAAAGGUAAAAAACAAAAAUCAAGUUCAUUUUAUUUGGUUUCAAUUCAUAAUCAAUAUGCUUCUCAGUCUGACACCAAAAGAUGGUGCCGAAGAAGAAAUGAUACUUGAAUACUGUUUUCAAUCUGAUAAAUCAGAGUUAUCAAAAGAUACGGAUAUUGAAUGGUACAUUAAUAAUAGUAGUAUUUAUCAUUUGAUGAAUCAAGCUUUCCAAACUGACAAUAUAGAAUUUUUAUUUAAAAUUCAGUAUUUUAUUAUCAAUCUACACAAUGACAUAAACAAACACUAUCAUCCGUUAUCAACAUAUCAAAAUCGUCUUCUACUUUAUCGAGGUCAACUUAUGAUUGCUAACGAUCUACAAAAUUUAGAAGAGAACAUUGGUGGUUUUAUUUCAAUAAACUCUUUUCUUUAUACUACACGAUCACUGAAUACUGCACGUCAGUAUGCUGGUAACGGUUCAGAUCAAUCCAACUUAAAAUCGGUAUUAUUUGAAAUAGAAAUUGAUCCAAAUACAACAACAAAAUCAUUCGCAAAUUUAAAUCGAAAAGACAGCAACGAAAUAUUAUUUA